GCAUGUUGUGAUCUGUAGGGAAAACCGGAGUACCCGGAGGAAACCCACGCAUGCAUGGGGAGAACAUGCAACUCCACGCAGAAAGACCACAGCCGAGUUUCGAACCUGCAACCUUCUUGCUGUGAGGCAACAGUGCUAACAACUGCGCCACCAUUGCAGUUGUUAGCAUACUGUUUUAUAACAAUACAGUUUAUAAGCUUGACUCUCCCAUAUUCCAGUUAGAAUUGACUAAGCUCCGUGGAUGAGAAGUGAAACGUCUUCAAGAAACCCAUGAAGUCCAGUUGCCUUCAUUUGAACCCUUUGGAUUACCCUGACCUGGAUGACCGAGAACCUUCACCAGCAUACUGAAGAGGUUGAAAGGACCGUGGUGGGCAGGGUCGGUAAAAGAGUGAACCAACUCAUUGAAUCCAUUGUUUAAAGUCCUCAUGAUUUCACUAUCUCAGCACACUCUGUGAGUUAAAAAUGUCAGUCAUCUCUAACUUGGUUCUAACUUUUUUGUUGUUUAGACUUGGACACAUGGGUAGUGGCAGAGACAUGUAUGGUGUAAAUGGCAUCAUAUUUAUCUGAGAAGGACAGAGGUCUGAUCAACCUCUCGUCCAUUCUGAAUCUGCUUCGCUGGUGGCUUUCUAGCUAAAGUUUGUGGUUAUAGCAGCUUUGUGCCUGUCUUUUGGUAAUUUCCCAAUUUCCCAUUACUUGAUUCGUGGGGUUGGCUUAGAUUUUGGUGUAACUUAGGAGGGGUGAAUGUAACAGGUGUGUAAAAGAGAAGCAAUUUUAUAUUCCGUCCAAAACCCGUUCUUACUUUCUGUGUGCAUUUAUUUUCCUGAUAUACGAACAGCAUUUUAUUUUGGUGGGAAAGCUUUUAUUUUCUUACUCUACUGGAUGUCAUUUCCGUAUUGGCCCCGUUUGCCUUAGUUCGUGCUGAGCUGCGCGCGGGAGAGCUGUUAGCUAAACACGGCUAAAGAAAGCCUGCUACCACUUCAGGAUCAUCCAUCAGCUGGGACUGCUUCAUCGAGGAUCUGGACAGCAUGGACACAGAUGUUCAACAGCUGGUGCUGGUUAAAGAAGAAGCUCCUGAGGAACAGAGUGCAGGUGUGGACCAGAAAGACCCAGAACACAUCCACAUGAAGGAGGAACAAGAAGAAAACUGGACCAGUCUGGAGGGAGAGCAGCUCCAUUUGGAGGAGAAAACUGAUGCUGCCAGGUUUCCAUUCACAUUUGCUUCUAUAAAGAGUGAGGAUGAUGAAGAGAAACCUCUGUUCUCACAGCUUCAUCAGCAGCAAGUAGAAGACAAAGAAGUUCCAACCAACAGCUCAGCUCACCAGAUGACAGCAGAAACUGGUGGAAGAGCAGAAACUAGCAGGAACCAAGAUUUGAACCCUCAUGAACAGACAUCUGAUUCUUCAGAAACUGAAAUGAGUGGAGAUGAUGAAGAUGGUGAUGAUGUGAAUCUAGAAUCUGAGCUGUCAGACUCUGGGUCUGAAACUGGAGAAGAAGACAGUGACUGGAAUGAAAGCAGGUCUUCUGAUUCACAUGUUAGGACUGUCAACAAGUCCUUUAGCUGCCCUGAGUGUGGUGAACAAUUUGUCCACAAGAGGUCUCUCCAGAAACAUGUGAGAGUGUCAGGGCAUUCAGCAAUAAGGUCUUCAAGUUGUUUGGUCAAAAAGAAAUGUGUUGGAGUGAAGCAACAUGUAGACUCAUGCAAGAAAGUCCAGAAAAAGCUAAAAUCAUUUAGUUGUGAUGACUGUGGAAAAAUAUUUAGUGCAAUGUGUGAUUUAAACGUGCACAUGAGAGUCCACACAGGAGAAAAACCUUUUUCCUGUAAGCUCUGUGAAAAAAGACUUAGCAGUAAGAAAGCUUUAAACAGUCACAUGAGAGUCCACACAGGAGAACAACCUUUUGCCUGUAAGCUCUGUGGUCGAAGAUUUAGCCAAAAGGCAUCUUUAAACAAGCACAUGAAUGUCCACACUGGAAAUAAACCUUUUGCUUGUGAGCUCUGUGGUCGAAGAUUUGGCGCAAGAAAUAAUUUUAACAGGCACAUGAGAGUCCACACAGGAGAACAACCUUUUGUCUGUGAGCUCUGUGGUCGAAGAUUUGGAGAGAAAGCAAAAUUAGGCAUUCACAUGAGAAUCCACACAGGAGAAAAACCUUUUGUCUGUGUGCUCUGUGGUAAAAGAUUAGCCUAUAAACUAGCAUUAGACAAUCACAUGAGAAUCCACACAGGAGUAAAACCUUUUGUCUGUGUGCUCUGUGGUAAAAGAUUCGCCCAAAAACAAGCCUUGGAGAGUCACGUCAGAGUCCACACAGGAUUAAAACCUUUUGUCUGUGGGCUUUGUGGUAAAAGAUUUAGCCAAAAGUCAACUUUAAACAAUCACAUGAGAGUCCACACAGGAGAAAAACCUUCUUGCCUGUGAGACAUGUGGUCAAAGAUUUAGCGACAAGACCGAGUUAAACAGUCACAUUAGAGUUCACACAAGACAUAAUGAAUUAUUUUGAAUGUGAUUGAUAGAAAAAAUUCCAUCUUUGAGAGCAGGGGAGUGGAGGAGGAGUGUAUAAAUACACGCAUGUGUGUGUGUGUGUGUGUGUGUGUGUGUGUG